AGGCACUCGUGUAUUGUUUCCUUCUGUUGCCCGAAGUACAACCUCUCAGGCGACACUAUAGCUCAAACCGCAGGUAUAAUCCACUAAAUUCUAAAAGUGUGGCACAUCCAAACGUCAACCAUGACUUGAGCUCUAAGCUUACCUUCUUUGCCUCAACCUAACACUGCCAUUUCAUUGGUUUUGGUUAGUUUGCAGUUGGUUAAGUAGUGAAACCUGGAAAGGCGCUGCCUGAAAUGCUAAACUCAGGGCAAAAAAGUAAUUGAUAUGACGACAUUCUACGUCCUCUUUCGUUCGCUGUCUUGGCGCGAGACUUGGUCCGACCUGUGAGACCGCGGGCUGAAACCAACGUUGUACUAAUGGAAAAGUUCUUAACGUUAUACACCACCGGUUGCUGAACACGACACCUGUAGAGUAACAUCAUUUGGACGAUUUGACUGAACCUUCACCUUUAGGCUGUCUGACGGUGUAAGGACUUAUUCAGAAUGAACUGCGAGCUUUUAGCAACGUGCAGUGCUCUCGGCUAUCUGGAGGGAGACGCCUAUCACAAGGAAACUGAUUGCUUAGAGAGUGUGAAAGACUUGAUCAGGUAUUUACGCCAUGAAGAUGACACCCGUGAUGUCCGCCAGCAGCUGGGUGCAGGCCAGAUUAUACAGAAUGAUCUUCUGCCCAUUAUCAUUCAGCAUGGACAAGACAAGGCCUUAUUUGAUGCCUGCAUCAGGCUCAUGGUCAACCUUACUCAGCCUGCUAUGCUUUGCUUUGGUAAAGUCCCUGAUGACCCAGUGUUUAGACAUCACUUUUUGCAAGUGACAUCUCAUUUACAAGCCUAUAAAGAGGCAUUUGCCAGUGAGAGGGUGUUUGGCAUUUUAAGUGAGAUAUUAUACAACCUUCUACAACUGGACUGGGAGCAGAGACAGGAGGAGGAUAACCUGCUGAUAGAGAGGAUCCUGCUGCUGGUCAGGAAUGUGCUUCAUGUACCUGCGGACCCCUGUGAAGAGAAGAAAGUGGAUGAUGAUGCCAGCGUCCAUGAUCGGCUGCUGUGGGCCAUUCACAUGAGUGGUUUCGAUGACCUGGUCAAGUUCCUGGCGUCGGCCCAGAGUGAGCAGCAAUGGAGUAUGCAUGUGCUGGAAAUAAUCUCCCUCAUGUUCAGAGACCAGACGCCGGAAGCUUUGGUGAGCGCCGGUCACGCUCGUUCAGCAGAAGAGAAGCAGAGAGACUCUCAGGAGCUGGAGGCACUGAGGCAGAAGGAGCACGCAGAGAAACGUUCACGCACAUUACAAAGAGGAACCAGACAUUCUCGCUUUGGAGGCUCUUAUGUUGUUCAAGGCCUCAAGUCGAUUGGGGACAAAGAUGUGAUUUAUCACAGAAAUGUUCAUAAUUUCAAAAAUUAUACUCAUGACACAGGCAAAGCAGUGAGACGUGUUCCCAAGAGAAAUCGACAGGCUCAGGAAUGUAAGGACAAACGCCGUUCAGCCUUAAAUGUUCGACUCUUCCUGCGAGAGUUUUGUGUGGACUUCCUGGAGAACUGCUACAAUCGCCUCAUGUACCUUGUCAAGGAAAGUCUAAUUCGAGAGCAAACUCAGCAACAUGACGAGACGUACUACCUCUGGGCACUCAGCUUUUUCAUGGCCUUCAACCGUGGCAACGGUUUCCGUGCUGACUUGGUUUCUGAGACCAUGUCCAUCCGUGCUUUCCAUUUUAUUGAACGCAACAUCACCAACUACUAUGAGAUGAUGCUCACAGACCGCAAAGAGGCCACAUCCUGGUCACGCAGGAUGCACCUGGCACUAAAGGCAUAUCAGGAACUGCUGCUAACUGUAAACGAGAUGGACCGCUCACAGGAUGAAAGCAUCCGUCAGAGUUCCAACGUUAUUAAAAGUAACAUAUUUUACCUGAUGGAAUACAGGGAGAUUUUCUUGACCUUGCUGAGGAAGUAUGAUGAAACCAGACAGCCUCACUCCUACCUCAAAGACUUGGUGGAGUCAACUCAUCUCUUCUUGCGCAUGUUGGAACGCUUCUGCAAAGGUCGCAAAAACUUGAUGGUUCAGAAGAAGAAGGUGAAGCGGAAAAAGUCCCGAGGGGAAAAAAAGUCCUCAGCUGCGGAAACUAGUCCAGAGGCACUGGCAGAGACCUGGAAGGUUGUGGAGGAAGAGCUGAAGGCUACGGGGUUUCAGUUGUCAGAGUCUUUAACUGAAAGCAUUGUGCCAUUUGAUGCCACAUCUGAAACUCCACUUGAGGAUCAGCGGACUGAGGCCAUGGUGCGGGUGCAGGAUGCCCUCUUGAUUCGACUGGGACCAGAAGCACUGGCGCUGCUGCGUGCUGCCAGGUCAGCGAGACUAAACACGCCAUCAAGCCCUCAGACUAAUGACACAUGUUUAGUUAAGUGUUCUCUAUUUUUUGUCUUACUCAGGGAGGUGUGGCCAGAGGGAGAUGUGUUUGGUUCAGCUGAUGUGGAACCUGAAGAGGAACUGGAACUCCUUAAGCAGAUCCUGCAUGCAAACCUACCUAGGUCAUCUCCUCCUGAGCCUGUGGUAGAGGAGGAGGAGGAUGAUGCAGCAGAGUUAGAAGAGGAAGAGUUGGAGUCUGUUCAGGUUUCUGAAAGAGAGUUCAACCUUCUAGACUUUAUCAAAAGGUUUGCCAGCCCCAAUAUUGUGCAUCCAUACCUCCUCUUAUUAAAAUCAUACUCAAAAAACACACCUCACACAAAUCACUGCAUCGCUCGAAUGCUGCACCGCUUGGCUGUCGACCUCAAAAUGGACGCCCUGCUUUUCCAGCUGUCAGUCUUCAACCUCUUCAACAAGAUCCUGAGUGACCCCGCUGCAGCUGCUUACAGGGAACUGGUGACCUUUGCCAAGUAUGUGCUCAACCGUUUCUUGUCACUGGCAGCAAAAAACAAUAAGGCAUAUGUUGAACUGCUGUUCUGGAAAAACGUGGGGGCUGUACGAGAGAUGACUGAAGGCUACAGCAAAGACGGAGAGGGAAAGAAACCAACAUGGACUGAAGAGGAGGAAGAGGAGUUGCGCAAGCUCUAUGAGGAGCACCGUCAUUCUGAAGUGCCAGAUAUAGUGGAGACUCUGCUGCCAUUACUUAGCAACAACACCCGCACUCGGCGCCAGGUGGUGAUGCAGCUGGUGCAUAUGGGUCUGGUGGACAAUGCUAAGGAACUGAAGAAACAGAAGAAAGGUACCCGGAUUGUCCUUUGGACUGAGGAGCAGGAGCAGGAGCUGGAGAUGCUUUACGAGGAGUACAAAGACUCUGAUGAUGUGCUGGGUAAUAUCCUAAAAAAGCUCACAGCCAAGCGGUCCCGUGCACGCGUGGUAGACAAGCUGCUCAGUAUGGGCUUGGUGUCCGAGAGACGAGAACUUUAUAAGAAGAGGAGUCGCAGUGCUCAAGGGAAGAGCUCUGGAAAAGGAAUGACUGAAGAAGCGUUCCUAGAAGGACUAACACAAGGUUUCCCAGAUGAUACCGUGGACAGAGAUGACGAAGAUGAGGAAGAUGAGUCUGUAGAGAGUGAGGAAGAGGAAGAUGAAGAGCAAGAAAGGGAAAAAUCACAAAAUGGAGGAAGGAGGAGCCAAAGCCUGCACUCUCCAGUAGAGAGGAGAGCUGAUGUAGGCACCAUGGUGUAUGCUCUACAACAGGAAGGCAUGUCCGGACCCGUGUUGUGGCUACAGAAUCGUCUAAUCAAAACAGCAGAGGACCGUGAAGAAGAUGGUUUGUCCCAGGCUGUGCCACUUGUUCCUCUGACAGAGGCAAAUGAAGAAGCCAUGGACAACAAGAGCUUCCGGAGGCUGCUGCGCAAACUGGGAAUGCGAGCACCUGCUAAUGAACAGGAGACCUUUUGGAGGAUCCCAGCGAAGAUCACUGCAUCCCAGCUCCGGAGUGCAGCUGCAGCUCUUAAUCCAACAGAGGAAGAACCUAAAGGAGGCGAGGAGCAAGAUGGCUCCAGGAAUCAAACCGGAGAAUCCCAGGAGGAGGAGGAAGAGGAGAAGGAGGAGGUCUCGAGUGAACAGAGAGCUCAGGCUCUGAGAGCUCUGCUGCUCACACGCAAGAGGAAACACCACACCUCAGAGCAUACAGCUCCUGUGUCAGAUUUCACUCCUAUUGAGGAUACAGACAGUACAAUUGAGAGGUACCAGGAGAAGACCUCAACUAAAAGAAGCAGAGUGUUGGACAAUGAUGAGAAUGAGGAUAACUCCACCACUGCAAUGGAUAUGGAUACCAACGAUGAUGCAGAUUCAGACAGGGAGGAUAUCUCUGCUCCUGUGAAGCGUAGACGGAAGAUGGUCUUAAUUGAUGAAGAGGAAGAUGAGGAUUAGUAGCUUUCUUUAAUGGACUGUAAAAACUGCAGACAGGGGAGACAUUUAAGUCCCUCCUCUUUGCUCAGAGGUGGAUGCAGAGGGCUCUCUGGAGGGCUGCAGUCCAAACAGCGGAAACUCUAUUAAUGGAAUACCAAACAACCCAAAGAAAUAGGCCCUUAGACCUGCCCCUGUGGAUACAGAGAUCCUAUUAAGCAAUUUCAUUUAGUCAUCUCUUUGGUGAGCAAUUGAUUGGUACCUUUUAUGUAGUUAUGGUAAAUAAAUCCUGCCAGUCUUCUAUUUUGUUAGUCGUUCUUUUUCUCUUAGCAUUCCCAGCAUGGACAUCAUACAGAUAUUGCUGUGUGAGAAAGUUUUGCAUUAUACGACUUUGUUUCUAACUCAAUAAUUUCAUCUUUGAUCGGAAAGCUGUAGGAUAAUUGUUUUUGAUAAAAUUGCAUCUAUACAAAUACUUUUGUACUUUUCGGUCAUUUCCGAUGUUGACUUUGGAUUUCAGAGUAAAAUGCAUGCCUACUUAUUAAUAAAAAAAAGCAAAGUUGUCAAAAUA